AUGUUUCAAUCAAAGCUUUUCACGUUCAUGUUUAAAGCGAGUAGAUCUGCGGUGCCAAAGGUGCCGAAGAGCUCCAAUGGAUCCAAAGGAUUCUCGUUUCGUGGGUUCCAUAACUCCCCCAAGAUGUCCGCACAAUACAGGAGGUUCAAUAACUCUUCUUCCGGGUCGAACCAAAUUAACCUCAGUCGAUUAUUAUUGAGCAGAAAUACCAUAUACGCUGGAAUUGGGGUCGUGGCGUUUUGUGCUUAUAACUUGGAAAACGCUCCUGUUACUGAUAGGUUGAGACUCUUGUGGGUUCCAUACUGGAUGGAAUCCAAGAUUGGAGGGUACUCAUAUAGCCAAAUCUUGAGUGAGUACAAGGACCAAAUAUUGCCUUCUUCUGAUCCUACGUACAAGACAAUUGGUAAGGUGAUGAAUAAACUAUUGGAUGCUGCCAUUUCAAAUUCAAGUGAUCCGGCCCAGAGAGAUCAUCUUCUUAAGUUGGACUGGAAAAUUCAUAUAAUUCAAGUCGAUCCGAAGAAGGUUCCACCAAAUGCCUUUAUCUUGCCCAAUGGGAAGAUUUUCGUAUUUCUGUCGAUUUUACCCAUAUGUAACGGUGAGGAUGGGUUGGCAACAGUAUUGUCGCAUGAGUUGUCUCACCAAUUGGCGAGACAUACUUCAGAACAAUUAUCGAAACAACCAUUCUACAUCGCUUUGCUGUUGCUUAUGUAUGCAGCCACUGGAGUAGACUGGAUAGGCGAUGUUUUAAUUAACGGUGUGUUAAGGAUGCCUGCAUCAAGAGAAAUGGAAAUUGAAGCAGACCAUAUCGGAUGUACUUUAAUGGCGAAGCUGUGCUAUAACUUGGGUGAAGCAGUUAAAUUCUGGCAGAGAAUGUACAAAUGGGAAGAAACUGUUGCAUCCCAAAGAGGGGCUGGAGCUCUCCAAGAAUUCUUCUCUACGCAUCCUGGAACUGAAAGAAGAAUUGAAAAUAUUAAAACUUGGAUGCCAGAGCUCAGAAAUGUGCAAGAAGCUAGUGGAUGCUAUGAGCAUCAAUUUGGAAUGUUUAUGGACCAAACUCUGACAAGGAAGUUUUUCUAA